GAUGUGACAAACCAAAUUUCUGAGUUGAACACACAGUGGACAGAUGUACAGAGGGAUUUUAUAUAUCAUCUAAAGGAAUACAGACAGAUGUUUGAGAUGAUUUUGGAGGGGGAGAAGCAUGUGGCCCAGGCCAAACAAAACUUGGCAUUAUGUGAGCAAAAGGAACUUAAGAUCAGGAAGGAGUUAAGGAAAGCAGCCAAGAGAGCUUCAGCAUCUGAAAUCAGUAUGUUAGAGGGUCGACUGGGCCAGGCUGAGCGAGCUAGAGAAGUCGCUGAAGUUGAAGUCAGCGAGAGGGUCCGUGAGAACGAGGCUGUAAAGUUGAUCCGUAUGAAGGAGGGAUUAUUAAGAGUGUCCGAGGCCUAUGUAGAGCUGGGCAGUAAAUGUGCCAUGAUAUUUGAAGCACAGAGGGUAAGUAAAGUACUACCACAUACAUACAGCCUCUUGAUUGAUUAAUAGAAUCUUCCCCUACCUUGAGAGUGUGA